UUAUGCCCUUUUUACGUUCUUUUUGGCUGAUCUCUCUGCCAAAGCCAGAAGCUUCCGACUUUCUUUUGCUACUGAUAUACCGUCUCUUGUAACUUUCGAAACGGCUUUUCGUUUUCUGCCAGUCCCAACCAACGCCAGUUUUCUCAUUGAUAGCCGCGGCCAUCUCAGUGUAUGCGGCUGUUUUCGUUCCUUUCUUUUUUAUGCCUGGUGCUGACUGCUCGCCUGCGCCUGACCACUUCUCGAAGUUUUCACGAAUGGUAAGCCAGUUGACCAUUACUUCACAUACUUCAUUUGAAGUGUGAUCUCGGCUGGCAGAUGAAGUCUCAUUAUGGACCGUGGUGGUUGCAUUUGUGGUGUGUUCGUUUGUCAUAUUGAGCAGAAAGGAGUAGAGUUUAUUUCGACGCGUCUUACGCGUGUAAAAAUGAUAGUUCCAUCCCAACCCAGAAUUUGCAAGUCACAAGCGCAAGAAAAGCGCAUUUCUUGCAAGAAAAGCAGCUCAGAAAGUGCUUUUCUUGACUAGAAAUUUUUGCAUUUCUUGCGGAAGAAAUGCGGUUUUUCGGCUGUUAAAAAGCAGAAAUUCCCAAGCGUGAAACCCCCUAUUA